AUGGCCGCCUCCACCCUGUCCCUCUGCUCCAGCGACCUGAGCUACGGCAGCCGCGUCUGCCUGCCCGGGGCCUCUGACUCCUGCCCCGACUCCUCCUGGCAGGGGGAGGACUGCCUGGAGAGCUGCGAGCCGGCCUGCUGCGCCCCUGUGUGCUGCGCCCCUGUGUGCUGCAAGCCCGUCUGCUGCACCCCUGUCUGCUGCAAGCCCGUCUGCUGUGAGGAUUCCCCCUGCACAACCUCUUCCUGCUGCCAGCCCUCCUGCUGCACCUCCUCCCCCUGCCAGGGAGCCUGCUGCACCCCUGUGUGCUGCAAGCCCGUCUGCUGCACCCCUGUCUGCUGCAAGCCGGUCUGCUGCACCCCUGUGUGCUGCAAGCCCAUCUGCUGUGAUGACUCCCCCUGCACAGACUCCUCCUGCUGCACCUCCUCCCCCUGCCAGGGAGAUUGCUGCACCCCUGUGUGCUGCAAGCCUGUCUGCUGCACCCCUGUCUGCUGCAAGCCCGUCUGCUGCACCCCUGUCUGCUGCAAGCCCGUCUGCUGCACCCCUGUCUGCUGCAAGCCCGUCUGCUGCACCCCUGUGUGCUCCGGGUCCAGCCCCUGCUCAGCCCCCUCCUGCUGCAGACCCUCCUCCUGCGUGUCCCUGCUCUGCCGCCCCGUGUGCAGACCCGCCUGCUGCACCCCUGCCUCCUGCUGCCAGCCCAGCUGCUGCCGCCCGGCCUCCUGCGUGUCCCUGCUCUGCCGCCCCGUGUGCAGACCCGCCUGCUGCACCCCUGCCUCCUGCUGCCAGCCCAGCUGCUGCCGCCCGGCCUCCUGCGUGUCCCUGCUCUGUCGCCCCGCGUGCUCGCGCCCUUCCUGCUGA